UUAACUAUAAACGUGUAAAAUGUUAUUCAUUUCAAGUAUAUAAUAAAGAUACAUUAUAUUGCGUUUGAUUAUGUUACAAUAUCACUCUUAAGACCACUUGUAUUGAAGGCGUUAAUAUGCGUAUAUUGGCGUACAGGCAGGUGAUGAGUACCGUCACUAGGCUUGUUCAUCACCCGGGCCAAGAUUCAUCAGGACGGGUGUAAGUCACUAGGCUUGUUCAUCACCCGGGCCAGGAUUCAUCAGGACGGGUGUAAGUCACUAGGCUUGUUCAUCACCCGGGCCAGGAUUCAUCAGGACGGGUGUAAGUCACUAGGCUUGUUCAUCACCCGGGCCAGGAUUCAACAAAUAACUACGAACUUGUAUGUUUCAUGUACAUCUCUGGCGCCGUUGUUUACAAGGUGGUAAACAGUGUGUGAGCUCGGGAGCGCCAUGAGGCUGUUUAUAACAACAGAAACAUUUGAGUGGGAAGUUUCCCUGCUGUAGAACGGUUUAAUAAUUGUAAACAAAGCCGCCAAAGAUUGAGAAAAGAUCGUAAGUGCUUGCGUAACUGCUUCGUGAAUCUAGCCCAUGGAUCCUAAGGGACCAUGAACCACUGAAAGUGACCAUUUAUCAGCUAAGACUAUGGACCACCUUGGAAUGUUUUCGGAUUGGUCGACGAACCCAAGCAAUUACCCACCUAAGCUGUCGAGGCCAAAGUAUAGAAAACGUCAACAUUACGGUGGUUUAAUUUGUACAAAUAAGUUGCAAUUUUUACGGAUUGGUCGAGUUAGUGUAGGAGGCGAGAACUUGGGUGCACAGGCGGGGGUCCUCAGUGUGUAUCCAGACGUUGGCGGGGAAGGACGUCUCGCUCCCUGCCCUGACAAAUGCACCCGGGAGUAAGGCAACUGUUGUGGGUUGCAUGGUGAGGAAGGCCGCUGUGACAGAGGUGGUGGACGAGCCUACAGUAUGGGGAGCAGCGUGAGGUGGAGGUGGUGGCCGCGGGCAGUGGUGUUGGUGGCCACGACCACCGUCAUCUCUAGUCCCUCCUGGUACUGGGAGGCUGGCCCUCCUCUCAACCCUCCCUCACCCUCUCCCACCCAAGUACCCCUAAAGGACAGCUCCACACGUGACGAGGCGCUCAUGUUAGUCCAUCAGAAAACACACUCAGAAGCCGUCUUGACUGACAAGCCAUUCGUGUCAGCCCAUCAGGAGGACCCAGCACUGGUCAGCUACCUGAGACACCAGCUGGCACCACCCUCCGCCCUCCCCUACAACCUCACCAACCCGGAGAAGCAGGACUUCUCCCAGUUCGGGCAGCCCUUGCACCUGGUCAAGAACCUCCUUCACGGCAUGAAAGGCGGGUUCUUCGUAGAAGCUGGAGCAGUAGACGGGGAAUUCCUGAGCAACACCCUGUACCUUGAGCGGUGGCUGGGGUGGACGGGGCUGCUGGUAGAGCCCUAUCCGGUGACCUACGAGCGCCUGCUCUACAAGCAUCGUAGAGCUUACUCGAUCAAUGCGGCGCUCUCGGUCACCAAUGUCUCCUCCAGUGUCUUCCUCAGACCAGCUGGAGAUAAUGGAGUUCUGAGCACCGUAGAGGAGAGAGGACUCCAAGUGAGGGCCAUUCCUCUCUUCUCACUCCUCAAGGCCCUCAACGUCACCAUCGUUGACUUCCUCUCACUCGACGUUGAAGGCGACGAAGUCAAGGUCUUGAAGACCAUCCCGUGGGACAAGAUCCGGAUCCGGGUGCUGUGUGUGGAGUUCAACCACGUUCCGGAGGGCCACAGAAGGCUUCGACGCUACGUGGUGUCUAAGGGCUAUAGGUUCUUGGCCUACAGGAAGAUCGACAUGUGGUUCGGGUGGCCGUCACUGCUCGCUCAGACAAUGAGGGGUUAAUUGA